AUGCCAUUGAGGUUGCCCAAUCAUUUCCCAAGAACCCAUAUUUUUCCAAUCUAUUUGUUCACCGUCUCUAAGCUUCAAUGGGCUUCCAAAUUUUCUUCGAUCUCGAAAUAUCAACGCCAAACCGGAGGCGCAGCCUCCGUUUGGUUCGUUAAGGUUGUAUGCACUCUAUAUGUUCGACGUAAAUCCUCAGUGACAGAAGUUCGCAUUUCCGAUUAUCUUCAAAAGAAAUUAGAUUCCUCGAUUGCUUUUACUGUUAUGGAGCAUAUGAAUACUAACUGGAACAACCCGAAUUUGGCUUUUAGGUUUUUAGAGUAUACAAAGGUUACGUUGAAUCUUGUUCAUUCCUUUGAAACAUAUAGUUUUCUUGUAAGGUCAUUUUGUCAAUCGGGUGUUCCUGAUGCAGCCAAACUAGUAAUCGAUUCAAUGAGGAUUGAUAACCUGUCACCAGAUAGUUCUCUUUUAGGGUUUGUAAUUACAUCAUUUAUCAUUUCUGGUAAACUUGAAGUUGCCAUGGAGUUGAUUAGUGAUUAUUCUCAAUACAGAUCAGAAAAAGAUGAUCCCCUCAGUUGUUUUGUGUUUAACAGACUUCUGAGUUCCUUAAUAAGGAUCAACAAGGUGGAUGAAGCUGUAUCUUUCUUUGAAAAAGUAAUUCUAAGAUCACAAUGCUAUUCCCCUGAUGCUUAUACUUUUAACAUAGUCAUCUCUGGUCUAUGCAAAGCUAGAAAGGUUAACAAAGCUUUUGAGUUUUUCAAUCAAAUGAAGGAGUUUGAUUGUUUUCCUGAUAAAGUCACCUAUAAUACCCUUUUGGAUGGAUUUUUUCGUGUUGGAAAUGUCAAAAAAGCACACGAGUUAUUGCAAGAAAUGUUGAUUAUAGAUGGAUUUUCAUGUUCACCAGAUGUUGUGACUUUUACUUCAGUUAUAGAAGGGUACAAAAAACUAGGUAAGAUGCAAGAGGCUUUACUCCUCUUUGAUGAUAUGAUCAAUCUUGGAAUCAAACCCAACAAUUUCACCUUCAAUGUUAUGAUUGAUGGGUUUGGAAAAAUUGGAAAUAUGGUUUCUUUAUCAAGUUUUUAUAAAAAAAUGCUUGAUUUUGAUUGUAAACCCGAUGUUAUCACCUUCACAUCUAUCAUUAAUGGCCAUUGUCGCAUAGGUGAAGUCUCAAAAGCCUUCAAGAUUUUAGAUGAAAUGAGUAGAAGAAAUUUACACCCCAAUAUUCGCACGUUUUCAAUACUCAUCAAUGCUUUGUGUAAAGAAGGUAGAUUAAAUGAAGCACAUGAUCUUUUACAAGAAUUGAAUAAAAGAGACGAUAUUGCCCCUAAAGCCUUCAUCUACAACCCUGUGAUUGAUGGGUUUUGUAAAAGGGGAAAUGUGGAUGAGGCCAAUGUGAUUUUUAAAGAAAUGGAGGAGAAAAAAGUGAAUCCUGAUAAGUUGACAUUUACUAUUUUAAUAAUAGGGCAUUGUAUGAAAGGGCGAAUGGUUGAAGCAAUAAGUCUUUUUGAGAAGAUGGUAAAAGACGAAUGUGCCCCUGAUUCGAUUACUGUGAAUUCAUUGGUGUCACGCCUUUUAAAAGCUGGAAUGCCUAAAGAAGCUUAUGAAAUAAAGAAAGUUGCUUUAGGGGUACCCUUGAUGGAAAAAGAUGGUUUUAUCAGUAAAAAUUUGGGUAUCCCUGUGGCUGUGUGA